AUGAGACUGUCUACUCUUACUUCGGCCUUUGUGCCACUUGUAUUGGUUGGAGCCACCAUCCAGAGACGACAAGCCGCUGUAACAGUCACUGAGACUGUAACCGCAGCAGCAGCAUCGCCAACACAAUGGCAGUGGAAUCUCGGGGCGUCAAAUGCUUGGCCUAUUCACGAGUCUUGCAACGCGACUGAGAGAGCGCUGCUGAAGCGUGGCCUGGAUGAGGCCGCAAUUCUUGCAUCGCAUGCCCGGGACCACAUUCUCCGUUUUGGUAACAGUUCCGACUUUUACCAAAAGUACUUUGGCAGCGCACCAAGCGGGGAGGUCAUUGGAUGGUUUGAGAAGCUAGUACACGGCGAUCGUGGAGCAUACAAGUUCCGUUGCGACAAUCCUGAUGGAAACUGUGCUCUUGACGGUUGGGGCGGUCACUGGCGUGGAGAGAACGCGACAGAGGAGACUGUCAUCUGCCCACUAUCCUAUGAAACCCGCAAGCCUCUAGACGGCAUGUGCGGAUACGGCUACACGGUAGCUCAGGGCUCGUUGAACUUUUACUUUGCCUCGGACCUGAUCCACCGCUUCUUCCACAUGCCCAGCAUUGGCGAGGGAGUCGUGGAGCAUUACGCCGACGACUACGCAGAUUGCCUCCAGCUCGCGAUUGAUAACCCAUUGGAGGCAGUCAGAAACACCCACACGCUCCAGUACUUUGCUCUCGACGUCUAUGCCUUUGACAUUGCCCUGCCCAACGACGGCUGCACGGGAAAGGUUGAGGAAUCCAGCUCCGAGGAUACCACGGCGACGACGACAGCGGUCACUACAGCUAGAACAACGACAACGGCAGCAGCUGAGUGCCACACGCAUUCGAAUGGUGAUGUCCAUUGCUCUUAG